CAUGUCCUUGCCUCGCAACAAAGGGAUAAUUGGGAAAUAUUCUCUCAUCUCAAAAUCUGUCAUGAGAAGCUGAAACGUCUCGUGCACAAAUAUCCUUUUAGCUUCUCAUCCAUGGCGAAGACACUGAUUUCGUCUCCAUCAUUCAUCGGAACGCCGCUUCCUUCACUCCCUCGCCACCACUUCACUCACCACCGCACAAGGCUAGUCUCCACCAAGGUUCAAUUCAGCUUCCACCAAAUUCCCCCAAUUCAAUCCAUAAACCAUUCCAUUGACUUCGCCGAUAUCGUCACCAGAGCUGAAGGCCUUCUUUACACGCUCGCCGACGCCGCGGUUGCGGCGGAUUCGGCGACUUCCACUGAUGCUGCCGUGCAGAAGAACGGAGGCUGGUUCGGCUUCAUCUCCGACGCCAUGGAAUUUAUUCUCAAGGUGCUAAAGGAUGGUCUUGCCGCCGUGCAUGUGCCUUACACAUAUGGAUUUGCUAUCAUAUUGCUCACUGUGUUAGUUAAGGCCGCGACACUUCCCUUGACAAAGCAACAGGUCGAAUCAACACUGGCUAUGCAAAAUCUUCAACCAAAAAUUAAGGCCAUUCAAGAAAGAUAUGCUGGCAAUCAGGAAAGAAUACAACUUGAGACGGCAAGGCUAUAUAGGGAGGCGGGGGUUAACCCAUUGGCAGGUUGUUUACCGACUUUGGCUACAAUUCCAGUCUGGAUUGGUCUCUACCAAGCUUUAUCAAAUGUGGCAAAUGAGGGACUGUUAACAGAAGGUUUCCUUUGGAUCCCCUCGCUGGGUGGUCCUACUACCAUUGCUGCUAGACAAAGUGGAUCUGGAAUUUCUUGGCUUUUUCCAUUUGUGGAUGGUCAUCCACCUUUGGGUUGGUCGGAUACUGCAGCAUAUCUUGUUUUACCUAUUCUUCUUGUUGUUUCUCAAUUCGUUUCGAUGGAAAUCAUGAAACCACCUCAGACAAAUGAUCCUACUCAAAAGAAUACACUUCUUGUUUUCAAGUUUCUUCCACUCAUGAUCGGUUACUUCUCUCUAUCUGUCCCAUCAGGACUAACAAUUUACUGGUUUAUAAAUAAUGUCCUGAGCACAGCUCAACAAGUAUGGUUGCGCAAAUUAGGAGGUGCAAAACCUGUUGUAAAUGAAAAUGCUAGUGGAAUUAUCACUGCAGGACGUGCUAAAAGAUCAGAUUCUCAGCCAGCAAAGGCUGGUGAAAGGUUUAGGCAAUUAAAACAAGAGAAGAAAAUGUUAAGCAAGGCACUGCCAGUGGAAGAAGUUCAACCUCUGGCUUCUGGUUCUAAUUCUGACGAUGGCUCGGAUGUAGAAAGUGACAAGAAGGGAGAGGAAGUUGCAGAAGAAGCAUUUGCUUCUAAAGUUGGCGAAGAGGUUCAAAAUUAUUCUAGGGAAAGAAGAAGCAAGCGCUCGAAGCGGAAGCGUGCUGUAUAAAAGGACCGUAUACGGUUGUUUGUAGUUUAUAGUUAGUCUUGUAUAUCUUCACAGAUUGUACCAAUUUUGGGUUGGCAAUUUAAUUGAAUUAUGUAAUUUAAUCCUGCAAAAUAUCUUUGUUUCGUUUAAGUAAUGUUCCACCUUACCUAAAGCAAAUUGUCUUCUGACAAGUUUAGUCUCUUACAGUCAAGAAUUUCUUGCUGGAUAGAAGGGCGAAUAAAAACUUACAUAACAUUGAGAAACACGGCAGGCUGCUAU